UCCAGGGGGCGGGGCCUCGGGAUCAGGCGCCCGGGGAAGCGCGGGCCUGAGUCUGGGGCUUCUCUCCUGCUGGUCAGUUCCGAGCGCGGCCAUGGCGCCGAAGUGGAACUUCCCCCUGCUUUUCGCGCCGCUCCUGCUCGGCCCAGCGCUCGUGCGCAGCUGCGGCCCUCUACCCUUGGUCCUCAAUACUUGGCCUUUUAAGAAUGCAACCGAAGCAGCAUGGAGGACAUUAGCAUCUGGCGGUUCAACUCUGGAUGCAGUUGAGAAUGGCUGUGCUGAGUGUGAGAAGGACCAGUGUGAUGGCACUGUGGGCUUUGGAGGAAGUCCUGAUGAACUUGGAGAAACCACACUGGAUGCCAUGAUCAUGGAUGGCACUACUAUGAAUGUAGGAGCAGUAGGAGAUCUUAGACGAAUUAAAAAUGCUAUUGGUGUGGCACGGAAAGUCCUGGAACACACAACACACACACUUUUAGUAGGAGAAUCAGCCACCAUGUUUGCUGAAAGUAUGGGAUUUGUCAAUGAAGAUUUGUCUACCAAUGAUUCUCGAGCCCUUCAUAAAGAUUGGCAUGCCAGGAAUUGCCAGCCAAAUUAUUGGAGGAAUGUUAUACCAGAUUCUUCAAAAUACUGUGGACCCUACAAGCCAUCUGGGAUCUUAAAGCAGGAUGCUUUCACCUGUAAAGAAACAGGAGUUGAUUGCGGUCAUGAUACUAUAGGCAUGGUUGUAAUCCAUAAGAUGGGACACACUGCUGCUGGUACAUCUACUAAUGGUAUAAAAUUCAAAAUUCCUGGUCGUGUAGGAGAUUCCCCAAUACCUGGAGCAGGGGCCUAUGCUGAUGAUACUGCUGGAGCAGCUGCAGCCACUGGGGAUGGUGAUAUAUUGAUGCGCUUCCUACCAAGCUACCAAGCUGUAGAAUACAUGAGAAGAGGAGAAUACCCAACCACAGCUUGCCAAAAAGUGAUUUCAAGAAUUCAGAAACAUUUUCCAAAAUUCUUUGGGGCUGUUAUAUGUGCCAAUGUGACUGGAAGUUAUGGUGCUGCUUGCAAUAAACUUCCAACUUUUAAACAGUUUAGCUUCAUGGUUUAUAAUCCUCUAAAAAAUCAUCCAGUCGAGGAAAAAGUAGACUGCAUCUAAUCCAUCUUUUCUGUCGUCUAUAUUUAAAGAAGGAAGAAACAAAGGCUGAAAAGUGUAUAGUGUAUAGUGUUCCUCAUAUAUUUUCUUUAUGUAAAAUAAACACAGAUGGAAAUUAUUGCUGAAAUAGCACUUUCACUUUCUAGAUCUGAAAUUAUUUUCAUAUUCUGUUUUUAUUUAAGCUUUGUAUGUUUCCUGACAAUACCUAUUUGUAUAAAUUUUGUAUUGUUUCAAUCUUAAGUGAUACUUGAAUUUCUGACCAAUAUUACAAGAAAUUGUUACUCUGAGAAUUUUUCUCCACAGUGGUAUAUUAAAGCUAAAAAGAAAUCAUCUAUAUUUGGAUACUGAAAAUAAAGUAUACAAGCUUUUUAGACCUAAAGAAAAGGGUAACAGUAACUCUGAGUAUUGGUGCUGAUGGAAUUUCAGUGCGUUACAGUGAUAUGUUUUUACCACUGAUUAUUAGUUUUGCCCAAUAUUCCCUUGCUUAAAGAAGAAUGUUAUUAAUACAGAUGCUUUUUGUUUUGCAUAUAUGAGAAAAUAUGAUGGGGAAAUACGUUGGGUUCUGUUGUUUUUUCCCCCUCUUAUGGAACUCUCAAUGUGUGAAGAUUCUUAUGCUACAAUGCUUGCUCUCUGCUCUGUUAGCUACAGAUAUUCACUCCAUUUGAAAAUGGUGUGGGGAAUUUGACUUUUACUGUAAUUGUACUGAUUUCUUGUUCAGAGUAAUGAGAAUUGCAGUUAGAAAAAAAUCGGUAAAUUUGAUGUCCAGCUCAGCAUUAUUUCCCUAUCUUUUGAGUUUGCUGUCUCUGACUGACCGCUGUAGGGAGGUUGGACAGGUGCUUUGUUGGGAUCAACUUUUCCUUCAUAAUUAUUAUCUUUUAAAACAAGAGUCAUCAGUAAAACUACAUACAAUGUUGUCCAACAUUAGUAGUCUGUUGUGUACUACAAUCAUUUUAAUGUUUAAUUUACAAGAAUAAAAAAGAAGAAUAUAAAUCACAGGACUGGUGGCAGGUUAAGAUUAAAAAGCUCUAGUUUGCGGAAUGGUAUAGGUCACUUGUCAGAACUGGCUAUGGAUCUAAGUUGUCCAGGAGCCUCUUUAAAAAUACCCUCUGCUCUGGAAAGCCAAAACGCUGGCAACAAGAAAAGGAAUAAAAAACAAAA